AUGAGUCGCAUUCCUAUUUCGGGGGCUUUCGCGUCCAUCAAGAAUGCUGGCACUCUGCCAUCCUCACUUGCUGCAAGCCGGCGAAGUUCUUCCAUAAUCCCGGGGGCUAUCUGCCAAAACCCUCGACUGCGUCUUUCAUCCCACCGAUUGCCCGCUGUUAUUUGGACGAGGGCGAACUCAUCAAUUCCGGAGCGACCGUCUCGUGAAACUCCUAUGGUCGCGAAAAAUGCAUUGGAGCCUUUUGUUGAUUUCGAUACUGAAGAACACAAGGACCAGUAUGUAUCCUUGCGAAAGGCACCCGAUGGGCCCAUUGGUCUUUAUGGGAAAUUCUGGCUUAGGGAAAAUUGCCAAUGCUCGAAGUGUAUCCACCCGGACACAAGGCAACGCAUUGUAGACACCUUCUCGAUACCCAAAAAUAUAAGGACAGGAAAGGUUGAAUACGUUGAGGAUGGGGUGGAACUGCAGUGGUCGGACGGUCAUCGUGGUUUCUACCCCUUCUCAUGGCUCGGAUUCCAUGCCAAUGGGAAGAAGAAACCAAUGGAACCGCACAUGAUGGCUAUUCGGUUUCACAAGCAUCAUGAUCCUAGCAGUCCAUUCCCUCCAGCUGUCUCGUACACCAACGUUAUGUCUGACGAUCAGGCUUUGUGGCGGUGGCUUGAAGCGAUCCAAGUAUACGGGUUCUGCUUUGUGCAAGGUGUACCUGUAGAUCCAGAGUCCACCAAGUCUCUCCUGGAAAGAAUUGCUUUCAUCAGACAAACUCACUACGGUGGCUUUUGGGACUUCACGUCUGAUCUCACUUUCAAGGACACUGCCUACACCACGGAAGCGCUUGGUGCACACACAGAUAACACAUACUUCACUGACCCAGCCCGGCUUCAACUCUUCCAUCUUCUAUCUCAUACUGACGGUGAUGGGGGUGCUAGCUUGCUUGUCGAUGGAUUUCAUGCGGCAAAACUGUUGUUUGUGAAAAACCGCGAGUAUUUCCACACUCUAGCUGAAGUCCCGCAGCCAUUCCAUGCCAGCGGCAACGAAGACAUUUCCAUACAGCCUGCAGCCCAGGCCCCCGUUUUCGGCCUUCACCCGCAACACCAAAGGCUAUUCCAAAUACGAUGGAACAAUUACGACCGGGCGGCCAAGACCGACUGGAAUAUGGCAGAGCAGAUAAAAUGGUAUGAGGCAGCUCGUGCCUUCAACGACAUCAUUCACCGGCAGCAGUUGCAGCUUUGGACACAACUUGAGCCUGGAACGGCACUGAUUUUCGAUAACUGGAGAAUGCUUCAUGGACGCUCAGAAUUCACUGGAAAGCGAAGGAUGUGUGGUGGAUACAUCAACAACGAUGACUUUUUGUCAAAAUACCGUCUUCUCGAGUUUGGUCGCCAAAAAGUUUUGGACAAUCUUGGGAACAACACCCCCCUCAGCUACAACCCCAACUUCCGCUACUGA